AUGAGAUCCUAUGGCCUCUAGGUCUGCAGCUCCUCCUCCUUCACAAGCUCCUGCAGUCUGGGUUUAUAAGCACUUCCCACACUGGACCAUGUGACCAUGAAGGAGCAUGUGACCAGUGACGUCACAGACCUCGUUCUAACAACUCCACUCUAGCAUCUACCCUGUUGUCAUAGGGACGGCGAGAGAGCAGCGGCCAGGACCCUGGGACUGACCCUUUCCUUCCCACAUCCUCCCAAUGAUCCGGCUCCUGGCAGAGGACAUGAGAUGGCGGUUGCGCUCAGGGGUGGCGAUCACAUCGGUGGUGCAGUGUGUUGAAGAACUCCUUCUGAACAGUUUGGAUGCGGGGGCCACAUGCAUUGCGGUGCGCGUUGACCUGGAUCACAUGAAGGUUCAGGUGGUGGACAAUGGCUGCGGACUGUGCCGGGAGGACGUGGAGUGCCUGGGCAGGCGGUACUUUACCAGUAAGUGCCACUCUGCAGAGGACUUGGACGACUUGAGAUCUUAUGGCUUUCGUGGAGAAGCUAUUGCCAGCAUGGUGGACGUGUCCAGUGUGGUGGAAGUCUGCUCCAAGCGCAGAGGAACAGGUCAGACCGUCAGCAGGCUCUUCCAGAAUGGAAAACCACUGGAAGUUGUGGAGGCAGAAAGCUCCCGGCCAAGUGCGGGGACAACGGUCACGCUGCACAACCUGUUCUGUAACCUGCCCGUGCGCAGGAAAUGUCUGGAGCCAGUGGUGGAGCUGGAGAGGAUCCGUCAGAGGGUGGAGGCCGUCUCUUUAGUCAAGCCGGCCGUCUCUUUCUCCAUAAGGAAUGAGGCCGAUCAGUCUGUGCUGCUCCAGUUACCAAAAGCUAAGGACAUGCGUUCCCGGUUCUGCCAGAUCUACGGGCUGUCGAGAGGUCAGAGCCUGCGGGAGGCGCUGCACACGGAGGGCAGCUUCACCAUGCAGGGGCUGGUCAGCUGCCAGGGGCACUACAACAGGGCAAUACAGUUCCUGUAUGUCAACAGCCGCCUGGUCCUGAAGACAAAGCUGCACAAACUCAUGGACUUCAUCAUCCGGAGAGAGAGCUCCAUCUGCCGGGGAAGAGGCGGCCGCUGUGCCGCUGAUCUCCACGGCAUCUUCAUAGUGAACAUCCAGUGCCACGGCUCGGAGUAUGACGUCUGCCUUCAGCCUGACAAGACACUGAUAGAAUUCCAGGACUGGGACCGGGUGAUGCUGUGCACCGAGCGGGGGCUCCGGAGCCUUCUUCAGAGGGAGAACCUGUUCUUGGCGCCAUCAAAGGACGACAUUGACGAAUUUAGCCAAAAACAUCACUAUAACCUAUCAUGUGAGAGCGCCAGGCAGCUGGUGGCCCCCCAGGGUCCGGCACCUAAUCUGAGAUCCAAGUGUGUGCACAGGAGCAGUGACCUGACAGAAGCGGGGUCCCCGUCACCUCCACUGAAGGCACACCACCAGCUCCCUGUGAUAAGUGGGUCACGUGAUGGCGCUGGUACCAUGGAGGGAGGGGAGGUAUAUGACCGCCUCACGCCUCCUGACACCUCAACAAUACCAGUGGAGGUGGUGGUCUCUGCAGGACCCAUGAAUGAGCAAAUCGCCCUUUCUGCACCCCAAUAUCCUGCUAAACCUAGAGGUCCAGUGCCAGCACAGAGGCGCAGCAGUGAAAAGCAUGGCGGGGGGACCCUGGACAGGUUCAGGAGGCACUAUGGAAGGGGAGAUGGCUCUGAACCCCAACCCUGCAAAAGCCCUGAGAAGACUGAAGCCAUAGACAUUCCAAAGAGCCGAGCUGAGGGGGCUACAGCGCUGAACCCCCCAGCACCAUGGGAAUAUGUGGGCUUACAGCAGGAACGCAGGCUAAAGAGGCAGACGCCGGCGGCCUCAGGGGGUGGGGCGUGUCCCCUCGUCCCGAGCGCUCCCUCCCCGCUCCGUGUGGAUGCAGGGUCACCGGAACACAACCACGAUGGCGGCACAUGUGACCCUUCUCCAGAAUGGCUGCUGUGCUAUGAAGAGUCUCUGGGUAAAAGUGUCUUCAUUAACAGUGCCACAGGGCUGAGCAGUUACAGCGCCCCCCCCGGGGACACGCCGGCAGCCUGUACCACGGUGGUCGGCAGUAACGGCUUCCAGUACCAGAGUCAGACCCUCAGUGACAGACAGCCAGCCGGACAGACAGGUAGGAAUGGCGGCCUGUCCUCAUGGUACACCGAGUGGAAGAACCCCGUGUAUAUGCGCCAUCCAGCCCUGGCCGUGGACGUGAGCCGGGUCCACUCGGACGCUCAGUCUGUGCGGAUCCACAACAUCUUGUAUCCCUAUCGCUUCACUAAGGAAAUGGUGCACAGCCUGAGGGUGCUGCAGCAGGUGGACAGCAAGUUCAUAGUUUGCCUGAUGAAUGUCGGACAGGCAGCGAGCGCAGGUGGCCAUCUCCUGGUACUGGUAGACCAGCAUGCAGCACAUGAGCGGGUGCGCCUGGAGCAGCUGAUUGCAGACUCUUUUGAGGUGUCUGAAGCCGGCGAGAGACGACUGAAGGUUUCUGUGGUGGAGCCAGCUUUAGAGGUUCAUGUUUCGGAGGAAGAACAUCGCCUUCUUAGGACACGAGCAGCUGCCCUGCGGAGAGUCGGCCUGUCACUUACCUUCCCAGACGGCGGACGCCCACGCGUUUUGCUCAGUGAGAUUCCAUUGUGUUUUGUGGAGAGAGAAGCCAACGAACUGCAGCGUGGGAGGUCGCCCAUGGUCAGGAAGAUGGUGGAGGUGAUUAGAGCAUGUGCCCGAUCCAGGCCCUGGGCGGGUGCCACUGUCUGCCGCUCACUGCAUGUCUCUUCCCCAGGACUAUCUGCAGGAACAAGUGCAGUUGUUGCAGGUGCCGGGGGCCGGACACGGGGCUGUGCCGAGGACUGUCCUGAAGGUGCUGGCAUCACAGGCCUGCCAUGGGGCAGUGAAGUUCAACCAGCCUCUCACUGUGGACGAGUGCCGCCAUCUGAUGCACUCUCUGGCACAGUGUUCGCUACCGUUCCAAUGUGCCCAUGGACGACCGUCUAUCCUGCCCCUCGCAGACCUGCAGCACAUGUGUCCUGAGACAGAGGAUCCUCCAGCACCCAACCUGAGGCACCUGAGACGACGGCAGCUGCAUGAAUAGAAGGCUCUGCCCUUGUACAGCGGCUCAUGUGUUUAUUGCCCUCACAGUUCAUGGUCGGCAGGGUGGUAAAGCUCACUCAUUAGGCG